GUCAAAUGUCAGUACAUAAAACGCUAAACGAGUACAUCACUAGUGAAAAAAGUUGUAAAAGGGAAGUCAGAGGAAUUUAAAAUAUUUCAAAUCACUUAGAAAUUAUUGAUAUAAAAUAAAUUUUGCUGCGAGUUGUGAGAAGUUUUAUAGAACUCGAAGCUGUGUACAAAGAUAACAAUGGCUAACGAUCCUGAAAGAUUUGAUUCAAUGUUAUUAGCGAUGGCACAACAACACGAAGGAGGAGUGAAAGAGUUAUUGGAUACAAUUGUAGGAUUUUUAGCUAGAAAAACUGAUUUCUUUGUUGGUGGAAAGGAAGGAGAAUGGGAAAAGGUAGUAAAAGAUAUCUUUUAUAAACAUUCUGCUAAAGCCAGAGAUGAGGCAGAGAGAAUUCGGAAAGAGAAAGAGGAAGCAGAUAGGAGAUUGAAAGAAAUACAACAAAAGAAAGAGCAAGAACGUCUAGCUAAAGACUUUGAGCCAGCUACAGUGACUGAACUAACUGAUAAAGAGGCAGAAUUGAUGCAAGAAGACAUUGAGAAAGAUAAAAAAUCAAAAACAGAAAAUGGCAGUGGAGACAAAGCAGAUGUAGCAGAAUCAUCCACAGCUGCAGAAGACGAGGAUGAUGACCCCAAAGAGAAGGGCAAGCUUAAACCCAAUGCUGGCAAUGGUUGUGACUUAGAACACUAUAGGUGGACGCAGACACUUGAAGAAGUUGAGUUGCGGGUACCACUUCGGCAAGUUUUGCGCCCUCGCGAUUUGACUGUGGUUAUAAACAAGCGACACUUGAAGGUCGGCAUCAAAGGCCAGCCUCUGAUCAUUGAUGGAGAACUCGACGCGGAUGUGAAGGUUGAGGAAUCGACAUGGGUGCUACAGGAUGGCAGGAAUUUACUCGUCAACUUAGAAAAGGUUAACAAAAUGAAUUGGUGGGGCCGUCUGGUGACGACGGAUCCUGAAAUAUCUACAAGAAAAAUAAAUCCAGAACCAUCGAAGUUGUCGGACUUGGACGGGGAAACGAGAGGCCUCGUCGAGAAGAUGAUGUACGACCAGAGACAAAAGGAGAUGGGCCUGCCAACAAGUGACGAGCAAAAGAAACAAGACGUGCUUAAGAAGUUCAUGGAGCAACACCCAGAGAUGGAUUUCUCUAAAUGCAAAUUCAAUUAAAUAUUCAACUAUGUCUAAUUAUUAUCUUCGAGGAAGUAUUAGAACUGUAAUUCUCAGAACUCUUGAUGUAUCGUCAUAAAGGAUUCAAGCACUUUACGUUCCAACAUUUCGUAUGUACCUAUCUGUAGUCUGGCAAUCAUGUUGUCUCAACAAUAUGUAAUUAAAUAAGCUUAAAGCAAAAGGUCAGUGGGCAAACCUUCAUUUUUAAUUUGUAAGAUUAUUGCCGACCUUAUUAAUAUUUGUGCUCUCACUAGUCAUUAUUGAUCCGUAUCUAAUACUAUUGAAAGUCGUUUUGCCAGAUUAUAGAAAUAUAACUGAUUGUAUUCAGUAAAUAUAAAUAUUAAAAUAC